GGACUUUCCGAAGCAGAGAUUAUCCUAGAAGAUGGCCUGUUCCUUCGAGCACAAUGUGCUUGAGAGUAUGUGACUACUUCAGCACUGUACCCAACAGACUAUGAACGCGGCGAGAAGGGUCAACAUUCUGUCUUGAUGGUUGGAAAGGGCUUUGUCUGCUUGUCAGUCAGACAAGCAGACUGACAGCUAUCUGCAGACAUUGCUAAACUACAACAAUGGAAAUUCAGCUGGAUAUCUUCUAGAUUUUCUUGUUGAUUCCUUCGUCUUUCCAUUCGACCUUCGAGGUUAGACUCUAGCACCUAAUACCGACGGCUAAAAUGUUUAGGUGCCCAAUUGACGUUCUUCGUUUUCAUGAAUUCUGUUUUGAGAUAUCUCUGGUGCAUCUCUGGGACAAAACGCCACUUUCUGUCGCAUAUGAGAAGCAGUUCUGGAACAAGGCACGUCCCUUUUGUGAGGACAUCUGGUGGCACAUGCUGAUCUGUUACUCUCAUUGGUCAUGGAGUAGAAAAUUCCGUUCAGCUCGACUCGAGGUUUGCAAUUUGACUGCAUAAUUCACUGCAACAACACGCAUGGAGGUUGAUUCGAUCCGACUGAAAUGUAGAUCUGGAGAGAUGAGUACCGCCUUGGAAAACGGGUGAAGACCUGGUCUCAUGUCAAGUGAAAGUCCGUCUUCCAGGAACGAGACUAAGAUGGGCGAAAAGGGCAAAACAAAUAUCACACGCAGAUCUUUCAUUUCAUAUGGAGGCUUUCCGAGAUCCCGACUGGUCAAUGAUGCGAAUCCCUGGUAGCCGGAGAUUGCAAGCUUAGAAACUCCAACUGAGCGAGCAGUGCUACGAUGGACACACUAAUUGAAAGAAUCACGGCAAAAAAACAAAACCUCUGCGAGUUCGGGGGUGGCAUUGAAGCUGCGUCUAUCAUUAUUACAUCUAGUUUAAUGACAUUCGACCUCGCGACACUAAAAUUCUUCGAAGAACCGAAAUCGUUUUUUCUGUUCGGCAGUGAUCGUAAAUUGCUGGCGCUCGAACGUAGGAAGGCCGUGACGCUUCAUGGCUUUGACCGGAGCCCGAAAGUUGCAGCUCGAAAAUCGACCGUCCUCCAGGAGAUUGAAGUACACGAAGAGUUCCGUGUCGUGCUGCACUUCGUAUGUGAAGGUCCUCAUCGACUUCGCAUCCGCAGGACCUUCCGAGCAUUCGACGCCAAUGGCCUCCGCAGGUCGCAUCUCGGCGACGACGCUCGGGCCGCUCUGGGGGGAGUCCGAAUCUCGAUCUGGACCCGGCUCCGAACGAUCCAUUCCCUCGAAGAAGCUUCGCGCGACCGUUUGGGGCAUCGAGUUUCGACCGCCUGGCCGCUGCUGAUCCGGACUCCGUGGAGAGGAUGCCAUCGGUGCCAUGCGGGCCGAAUGAUGAGCUAG